AUGGUGACAUUGUUUGAACGAUUGUGCGCUUACUUUCAAUCGGAUAAAUAUGAAAAACGAUCGAUACGGUCUGGUAUUGCUUCUGUUCCGAUCAUUGUAAGUUUGAACUUACUCUGAGUUACAAGUGUAUAUUGAACUAAACCGUAGUAGUUUUAUGAUGCCACAGUAACGGGUCAGCACGUUUUGUGUUUUGCUUACUUGAGUCUUAGCAAAACGUAUUGUUGUAAUGGCAAUGAAGUUAUUAAACCUUUUUCAGUGGCUGAUAGCCGGCUUAAUGAUAUACUACGUGAUUAACAUGGAUGGUCGGCUAGAUUUAAUGACCCAUUGUACAUUAACCACAAAGACAAACGCUAUGAGGAUUUUAAGGUUUUAUCAAGUUUUAAUGUUUGCCGACGUGUUUAUUGCGAUAUGUGAUGGCUGCUUAGCUUAUGUCAUUACUAAGAAAACUACAAUUAUAAAGUCGGCUAACAAGAAACAGUCUAGUCUGUAAGUGAUGGACUUGAAAGCAUAUUAAAGCAUUAAAGAAUGGCACAAAAUGUUUUUUUUAAACAAUCUGCAGUAUGUAAAAUUUUUUCACAUUUUUUCCCAUUUAGCCAUUACAACAACUACACAUUGUCCCGGGCUUAUCAAGAAAACGAAAAUAGCAGAUUACUGUCAAUGGUAUUCCCAGUCACCAGCGUCUUUGCUUUUGGUCAUAUUAUAUAUGCUGGUUUAGCAACGUUUAUGAGAAUUGUUUUUGCAACUAAUCCAGAUGAUGAAAAUGAUUUAGAAGUUUACAUUGAGAAGAAAAUAAAACUUUUGGCUAGUACUGAAGGCAUUCAAGUGGUGAGUAGAAGCGUAUACAACUACAAUUUUGGUUGUCAUACACAAACACUUACACAGUAUAAGACACACGUAAUAAUACUAGCUAUGUGUUAGUUUUUACGUUUUUUUAUAUGCUAUCAAGUUUAUCCUUUAGUUUUUAUUUUCAGAUAUUAACCACAACACUGUUAGUAGUGAUACACAUGUACUGCAAGAUGGGCAAACGAUUAAUGUCGGAGAAAGUGACCAAAAUUAACAAGUCCGAAACCGACGUAUAUUUUAAAUUGUUUAAUCAACAAAUUAAUAGUAUUAAAGUAAUUAAAUAGACUUUUAUUGUUGUUUUACUGGCACGGCGAAACGUUUUCAGUAAGGUUAAGUAUUAUUGGAAAGCCAUUGUAUUUUUCCACAAUGUUUUGUACCAUUGGAAAGCCAGCGUAUUUUUCAAUACUGUACAUACCAUUUCUCAAAGCCGAUGAAUAAUAAGUGAAGCAGAAUGUCUCAUUCUUGAGUUUUCUCAAUAAGCAUGUUGAAUGACAUCAAGUGAUUUCUCGUAGAAAAUUGAAAUACGGCUUACGAUACUCGUUUUAAAGCUGCUUCUUCCAGUCGCCGUGCCGAACUCUUCUUGAGACUUUGAGUGCUGUUGGUAGCAACGGGAUGGAUGAAAAGGAUAUCUAUUGGAUUCUCCAGAAUGUUAAUUACCAUUGGGUAGCCAUUGUAUUCUUCCACAAUGUACAGUACCAUUGGAUAGCCAUUGGAUUUCGAUCUUCUGUUAACAUUGUAUAG